UGAUCCAAAAUAACCCUGCAUGGAUAGUAAUUCUUCCGUACACUAACAACCUUACGUGCCUGAAUGAAAGUUCGACUGUGCACUUCGAUACUCGAUCUGAAAUACUUCUGUAGGCGAUGCUGUGAUGUAGCCCGUAAGGCUUUGAAUUCUUCUUAGUUCCUGCAAAGAACGCAAAAUUCACGACUAUCGAUGUUAUUACCAAACAUUUAUAACUAGACUUCAAGGGAUUCAUCACAGCUGCCUAUCAGAAGAAUUAUCGGAAUAGAAGUGGUUAGCAAUGCCCUUUUUAGAUCAAUGUAGCUCAGAUUUCGGUUAUUAUAAACUGUGUUACCUAACGCCCACAAAAAUAAGGUAAGUCAUCACAUGCCAUUGAUCAUCCAUUUCAUCUCAUUUUUGGGUCUCAAAAGUGAGCAAUGUGAUUUUCUUUCUCGGAAUCGUUUCACUUGGAUUUUCUUUCGUCUGCUCCAGAAUAUUUUUUGUUGCUCUCUAGCUUUUUGAUAUUUUUAAGUUGUCUCGCCAUCGUUGCUCACUACUUGAAACUUCUUUUCGCCAUUGCUUUGAUAUUCAGACUGCAAUUUUGCAGCUGAUUGGUUGGUUGACUUAUGCUUUUUGGAAGAAUAUUGUUCAGUGUUUUAAAAUUCUCCAUAGAGAGCGUUUAAAUUCUCGCUUGGUCCAACUUCUAGACUGACGCAAUUUAAAAAUCAUUUAAUUUGUUUGUUCGCGAAGUCUCUCAGUUUUAGUCAUGAAACUCAUGACAAGUGCAUGCAUAGAGAAAGCAGAGAUGUAGGUUUAGAUGUGGUCAUAUUUAUGUUUCCGUGACGAAAAGCACCUCACACUUGCUGAUUGAGAAGCUCGGCGGUUUCUCUCGUAGCUCUGGAAAAGUGGACAUUUUCUCGGGAUGCUCGGAAAGAAAGUAAUCAAUGGUCUGGUCAGGUAGCGAACAUCGGUCAGCAACAACGACAGCAGCCGCGCUGCUUUCUCUCCGCCGACGUACGUGUGUAUUUGUCACAUGCAGGACCUGCUAAUGUUGGCGCUAACUAUGAAGAUAGUCUACAAUUAUCACGAAUAGCUCUACUCUCAUUAGGACCAUGGACGUCGAUGUCAAGGAUUGGUGAAGCUCGUCGACUGAUUUUUCAACCAGUAUACAAAAUAUACAUCAAUCGUUCCGCAUACUGAGAUUUUUAAAUUCUUAAAAUAAUCACACCUAAUCCAAGUUUCGAUCCCUCAACGUAGUGUUUCCGCUGUCUCAACAACACAAAUAAUUUAGCAGCUCAGAGAUUUGCCCAAUUUCUUGUGGUUGCAUGUUAAAAAAAUUUGAAUAUUCGCUCUAAACUAGAUAAAUACUUUGUAAUGGUUACUAUUAUGAGCGUUGACUAAUUUUGAGAUUUGAUACUGCAACGUUACUAUUAAUUGCAAAUUUUGCCUAUCUUAAUUAUAGCUCGUUGAUGAACCUUUUGAUGCAUGACAUCCCAAAAUAUUGUCAUGCUUUCCUCUUCUCGUCCUCAUUGUUCAUGAGGGCAUUUUUUCCUAUCGCUACACCCUGCUGAGUCAACAACAAAAACGCUGUCAAGUCAGGCGUCGGCGUCACAGAGCGGCAUCUGCAUUUCUGAACCAAGCUCCUCCUUCCCCCGACACCUCUUUUUUUGCACCUGCUACCGCAGCUUCUUCUUUUGAAUGAGUUUCGUUCGGUCACGUUCUGGGCCGAUAUAAAAGCGCAUUGCGAGUCGAUCGAACACACUUGUCGACCAGACCGUCUUUGCAUACGCGAGAUCAAGAGGCGCUCCUAGAUUGUGCUUCAAAAUUUAUUAAUAAUUUCGAAACAAAUUUACGAAAAUGGCUUCGGAAAAGUGUAUGUUAUUGGUGUUUUGCCUCUUUGGGUUAGCUGCUCAAACCCGAGCACUGGAUGAUUAUCUGACUGACGAAGCAGUGGAUGAAGAAGGCAGAUUUUUCUUCCCUAUAAUUAUCGGUUCAGGUAGUGGCCUAAGUUUGAACAUCACUCAAUUGGCUGCUAUUGCUGCUCUUCUGUCGUCCGGUCUCUUGGGCUUACUUGGUCUCGCAGCCCUCGGUUUCCUUCUGUUCUCCCUACUUCAUGACCGAGGAGAUUCCGGGUACGGAUCAGGAAGUGGAUACGGCGGAGGUGGUGGUGGCUACAAUACCUAUUCUUCCUACAGACGGUCAUUUGACCCCUACGCGAUCGACUGGGAGAAGUUCUCCAUCCUGGACUGGAUCAGCAUCGGCGAGGAGGCCUGGAGGAAGUUUGACCCCGCUGAUCUGGAUUGCCAGAAGCGCCUCAUCUGCGAGAUUCACCAAAACACUUCGAAAGUUUUUUUUUGGAUGAGUACAUUCUGGAAAUAUCUUCCUUCUCUCGACAGUUACCUGCAGUACGCCGAGGUCCUGAGCCUGCCGGAGGAGUUCAAAGCGUUAGUGGAAGAAUAUCUCGACGCCGCUGAUCGAGGAAGAAACUUGCAAAAAGAGUGCGGCGAAAUUUACAGUUCGUGUGAGUUUUCCGUCAAAAAAAUGGUUGAUAAGUUCAGUCACAAUGAGAUCUAACUUGAGCACGGCUCAUGUGACUGUAUAACUCCACGACCUGAAAUGAAGACUGUCUCAACUGGACUCACGUCGACUGGGCCACUGUGGGUCCCUAACUGCAGUUCGUGCUGCCCAAACCUAACCUUCAACUGGGAAGCUGCGUUUCCUUCAGUAUGGGACAAAAACCGCUGAAGUCACGAGAUUCAACUUUAUUUUUAAGCUGGACGAAAUAACAAACAUUUAAAAAUGACAUAUUAUUCCACGGUAAAUACUAGCCCCGGUGGGAGGAUUAAGAUAAUGAACCAGACAUUCUUAGGAUUUCUGACGGAAUAGACUGAGACGAUUCUACAUCACUCCAGACUCUAAUUAAAUAGAGAGGGAUUUAAUAUUUACAGGUCUGAACUUAGAGAGAAAUUCCGUUGAAUGGGAUUUACAAUGUCAUGUUCAAUCUAAACAUAUUCUUGUUAGAAAAUUAUUUCCUUUAAACGCUCUUCGUUGCUGAUGAGCCGCAUCUCUUUACCGUACUUCAGAUUUUAAGAAAAAAAAUCAGCGUGAAAUUCACGCAUGUAAGUCCCUCAAUAAUGUACAUUCUUAGUGGUGUUUUAUACUGCAACGAACGUUCCUUAAUCUAUUACGUUUGUUGGGCAAUUAUUUUGAGCAUUAUCGCGCUGACAAAGACGUAUAUCUUGAACGCCUCUAGUUAAUUAUUAAUUAAGACUGUACAUACGCAACUUAAAGGCUCAUUGCAACUUGAUAGCCCAGUUGUCGGUAUGGCAUGCAAGGUGACGCCGGGAUCGUUUCAAGUUGAUCGAUCCCUCCACGCUCGAGCCUUGAUUUCUGCUGACGCUUGGCCGGUGCAAUGAGUGCUACGUAAACCAAAGUCUAAACGUGUGACUGUACUCUAGACUGUACAUAAUGACGUGCUAUAUCUCGGGUCUUCCGUACCAAUGGUACGUGCUAAUAUUUAUUACUUUGAUCUUAGGCUUGCUAAUUUCUAACGGGUGGUGUAAAUUAAAAUUCUUAUUUCAUAGUCCAAUGGAAAAAGUUUGUGCACUCAUGUACCUCGUCUUUGUACACUCAUGUCCCUCGUAUUUGUACACUCUUGUCCCUCGCCUUUGUACACUCAUGUCCCUCGUCUUUGUACACUCAUGUACCUCGUCUUUGUACACUGAUGUCCCUUGUCUUUUGGUGUCGAUUUAUUUAUUUGUAGCAGUUUAUUCCUGAUGGUGAUUGUCUGGGGCUCUAAAACUGAAUGCAAUUUGAACACUGGACGAAAUAACUGCAGACAUUACCCUAUUAAGGAUUAAUAUCCUUGAUAUCUGAUACGUAUAUAUGUAUGAAGACAAAGACUUCCAGAAAAUUACUUGAACUGUAUAAGACGCCAAAAUGCUCGAAGCUUCGACUGUGGAAUGACUCAGGACGGCAUUCAUAGCGUAUCGAAAUUCUCCAUUGUUAUUUAUUUCGUUGAAAUAUUUAUUUGUAGAAUCUGAAUGUUGUUAGUGUUGUUGAUUAUUAUUAUUAUUAUUAAAUUUUAAUGCUCUGUUAUUGAAUAAGAUCCUUGGUGUUUUUGACAAUGUCAAGCGUUUAUAAGUUAUUUUUUUUUAAGAGUUAAGCAGCAUGUGAAGACGGUCAUGCGUUACAAAUGCUGACUUUUAAAUAGAAAUUUUUCCUCGUAAUUGUAAUCAUGACUUGUGUCCAAAUCUUGCCCUCACAGCAAGGCAUCUUGAUUGUUUAACGAACAAAAUUCUUGCGCGUUUCUGUUCUGUCGGUGUCUCUUCUUUGCAUAAACUCGUUAUUACGAAA